UGUUGCAACGAUUCCAGCAAUGCAAACAUAACCUUAUAGGACAUUCAUCAGCUGUCACAUAAUUAAUCAACAUUUAAGGUGUGUACAAAUAGUGCAACUAUUUAAAAAAUGCAUAGAAAUCUACCACCGGAUUCUAAACCGAAAGGAGAACCUCAAGCCGAACUGGAAAGUCAAUUUAUUCUGCGAUUACCGCAGGAACCAGCUAAAAUUCUUCGAGAAGUUUUAAGUUCUGGACUGCCCUUGAAGGAUCGAUUGAGCAUUAAACUGGAGAAUGAUAUGCGUUAUGGAGAAGUAAGAUUCGAUCAUUGGCUUCUCCAUGCCAAGGUUGUUGAUCUACCUACAAUAGUGGAAUCUCUCAAAACAAUCGACAAUAAGAGUUUUUACAAAACUGCAGACAUUUGUCAGCUGAUGAUAUGCAAGGAAGAAGACGAUCAGUCACAAACAGAUGAAGAAUCGCCAGUACGGCAAAAGAAGAAAGAUCCGAACAAAGUAGAUAAGAAAUUUUUGUGGCCUCACGGAAUAACACCACCUGCUAAAAACGUCAGAAGAAGGAGAUUUCGCAAAACCUUGAAGAAAAAGUAUGUUGAAGCCCCAGAAAUAGAGAAAGAAGUGAAACGUUUGCUCAGAGUUGACAAUGAUGCUGUGAACGUCAAGUGGGAAGUAAUUUGUGAGGAUGAAGAUAAUUCGAAACCUAACAAAGUGUCUAAUUCUGGUGUAGUCAAGGGCAAAAGAGACGUUAUUCACAACAGCGCUUCUCAAAGCGUAGAUGUUGCCGAACACGACAUUUUUGGUGAACCUGUCAGUGACAGUGAAGAAGACGACGAGGACGCAAAUAUAAAUGUAAUGGAUAUGGACGACACGAGUCGAUUAUCGGCCGAAAGUCGUGUUUCCGAUUCGAACUCUAUGCAAGUCAGAUAUUCUGAGCGUCCUGGUCAAGAAGUCGUUACGUGUACCGAACUCGUUACAGAAUUUAGCAAAGAAAUGUUCCAUCCUGAAAAUUCGAACACAGACGAUGGCAACAAGAUCGAAAGCAACAACGACAGUCCAGUAAAACUCACUAAACUCGAAAACUUCCAUUCAGAGUACAUGAUUCCUGACAAUUAUAAUGAGUCGCUUUCCUCAUCUGUUCCUCGAGAUUGUAUGCAAUCUCGUUUGGAGACACUUCAUGCUGAACUUGCGGAACUGCGACAGCGUAGACAGCAGCAAGACAUUGAAAUUGCAAACAUUGAGAAUUUGAAACUGCGUCAAAGGUUCCAAGAGAUCGCGGAUAAUUUGCUUGCCCAAGAGAUGCAAAAAGUUCAAGAGAUCCAAGACUUACAAAUGGAAUAAAACUUGGCCAAAAAGUUGGAGAACAGACCAGAGAUGAACAACGCCUGAAUUUAGCUCCGGUACUGCAAUUUAUAUUUGUUUAAAUUAUUUUUUCAACACGUUGGUUGACUUUAACGAAGAAAAACUUGACUGAACAUUAAAAAAUUGAAAAAUCUGCGGACACGCAACAUUCGUCACGCUUAAAUAAACGAAACGAGAUUGAACUUGAUCGAAA